GUCAGUGUUUCAGCUGUCCUCUGCUCUGCAUCCAUCCUGGCUCCCCUCUGCUGGGGCUCAGUGGGAACGGUCUGCAGGUGAUCCUGGCAGAUGACAGCUGCCGCCGUCGGCUUCAGGUCUUCUGGCCACGGCUGAUGUGCGGCGGCGGCGCAGCCAAUGGGAGCGCGGCGGGGCGGAGAGAGGCGGCAGAUUGUACUACAGUGUAGUGCCGCUACCAGCAGCAGCAGCAGCAGCAGACGCGGCUCACGCGCAGUCUGUCUCACUUCAGCAUCUUUCCGGUUAAUGGAUUAUACUAUUUCCCUCCAAGUGCAAAAUCAGCUGGCAGUGUUCCCGACGCACGUCUGUCAGAGCUACAGUGUGGAGUUACAGAUGAAGUCAACAGAAGUGGAUCAAGGGCUUUUCACAGACAGCUACUGCAAAGUGUGCAGUGCUCAGCUCAUCUCUGAGUCCCAGAGGGUUGCCCAUUAUGAGAGUCGGAAACACGCCAACAAAGUGAGGCUGUACUACAUGCUGCAUCCUGUGGAUGGUGGCUGCCCGGCCAAGAAGCUCCGAACAGACAAUGGCAGUGAUGAGAGUGACGUGGACAAGAAUAAAUGCUGCACAUUGUGUAACAUGUCCUUCACCUCAGCAGUGGUGGCGCAGUCACACUACCAGGGUAAAAUACACGCCAAGAGGCUAAAAUUACUACUGGGAGAGCAGCCUGCCAUCACAGCCAAAGAGGCUUCUCCCAAUCCUAGUCCGUAUCCUAAGAGCUCUCCAGAAACAUCUCCCAUGACCUCCCCGCGGCAGCGCAGAGACUCAGAUCGCUACUGUCAACUAUGCAACGCCUGGUUCAACAAUCCUGGCAUGGCUCAACAACAUUACGAUGGCAAGAAGCACAAGAAAAACGCAGCCAGAGCAGAUCUGUUGGAACAGCUAGGCAAAACCCUGGACAUGGGAGAGAUGAAAGGACUGAAAAAAAGCUACACUUGUGAAGUUUGCAGUGUCACGCUCAACUCUGUGGCGCAGUACCAUGCACAUCUGCAGGGCUCAAAGCACCAAAACAACCUGAAGAACCAGAUAUGUGUCCAGUGAGCAUGGGACGGUGUCAAUAAAAUACAACAACUUCUGGAUUGAUGUCAGACAAGCUGUCAGCAGCUUGCCCUGCUUUUUUGCCUCUGCUCUUCUCAGCAUCUCUUCAACCCCUUUUUUCGCUCCAUCAUUUGACUUUAGUGGUGUCGGCCACCCUGACAAGCAGGGAAAUAAAGAAAUUUGUUCUGAACACUCCAGCAUGACAUCAGAUCUCACAUUUGACGAAAAUCGACAGUUCUUCCACAUUGCCAUCACCCUUCCAUAGUUGAUCUGUGACAUUAAUCUACAGCUGUGAUCCGUGUUUCCUCUCUUAUAGAAAUAGUUUAAGAGCAUUCAAAACUGGAUCUGAUACACAGCUGCCUUUUUAUUUAUUUUUUUACAAAUGCAUGGUUUGAAUUCUAUUUUAUUUCACAGGAAUGUUAGGAAUUAUAAUGCUUACAUUUGAUUUAAACACUGUUUGCCUACUCCUAAAUGAAAUGGUGCAUAUUUUUUGUGAUUAUACCUACAUUGAUUCUUGACAUAGCAACAUAACUCUCUUUGUUUAUUAUUUUUGCAUGGUACACACCGCUUGGAUUUUUUUUAUGUAACACAUUUUCAACUGGACCUAAAUGCCCUUUCUGCAUAAAAUAGAUUAAUAGCAAUAAUGACAGUGGCUGAACCCUUUCUUUGCUUUAAAAGUUUUGUCUAAAGUUAGCUCCACCACCCAAAAAGUGAACUAAAAAUGUACAACUAAAGCUGUUAGUUUGUCUUGCAAAAAUAGUUUGUCUGCAUAUUCACAGAAACACAGCUGAAACAUUCCUGAUGAACAGAUUUCAGAAUAUGUUUUUUUAAACAUUUUUCUUAGUCCUUUCUUAGUCAAAGUCAGUGACAGUAGCUUUACAGAAGAUGAACCACAUAGAAAAAAACAUCACCAUAACUAAUUUUCUCUUCCAGAUGUAGGUCAGCUUUGUGCAUAUCAUUGAGAUUUUGGAUUGAAACAAGAACAAAAGGUAGUAAACUUAAAGAAUUUAAGAAUUCCUUCCAUUUUAGUUCAUUUAAGCACUACAUAUGCGUGCUGGACAAGAAGUAAAAAAAAAAAAAUUAGAUUAAUAUUAUU